AUUCUUGGAGCUCGAUUGCUUGUGGUUCAGUUCACAAGGGGAGGGGGGUUAGGGCGACAGAGCCACUCAACAUACAUCGUUCAAACCAAAACCAUUAAAACACCGACCUCCACUAAACUAGAUUAACUACAUUGCUAUAUAAUAAAAAUCCAUCGCCAUCCGACAGCACGGCCCGUUUUUACGUGGAAUGAGCAUUCCAUGCGUCCUCCUAGGCAUGAAUGAAGUGGGCUGGCAGGAGGCGCGAGGCGGAAUGCUGCAUGCCAACGGCGCUCAGGAGGUGGGCGGGGGCGUCAGGGUGCCCGGGACUGGAGCCCUGGCCAGCGGCGGGGGCGGGCAGGGCCCUGGGGGGGCACCGCCUCCGCAGAGCCUGGACGGGGGCCCCAACCCCCACACCCUUCCGCCGGUGUCCAUCACGGGUGCCCCGGGGAGCCAGGCGCCCCUCAGCGGGCGUUCCCAGGAUGACGCCACAGUGGGUUACUUCUUCCAGCGGCAGCCCGGGGAGCAGCUCGGGGGCUACACCAGCAAGCACCGCUGGCCCACAGGGGACAGUAUCCAUGUCGACCAGGUCCGAUCCAUAGAUGAGAUGAACCACGACUUCCAAGCCCUCGCACUGGAAUCACGAGGGAUGGGUGAGCUGCUGCCAGCGAAAAAAUUCUGGGAACCGGAUGAAACGGCCAAGGAUGGACAGAAAGAGAUGUUCUUGGGCGAGGAGUGGAGGGAGAAUGCGUGGGGAGCUUCCCAUCACUCUAUGUCUCAGCCAAUCAUGGUGCGGCGGCCGGGGCCGGGUUUCCAUGGCAACAGCGAGGUGAACUCGGUGCUGUCGCCACGCUCGGAGAGCGGUGGGCUGGGCGUGAGCAUGGUGGAGUACGUGCUGAGCUCCUCCCCGGGAGAUAAGCUGGAUGGCCGCUACAGGAAGGGAGGAUACGGUGGAGGAGAUGCUGAACCAGACGGGCCAGAGAAGGGGGACCCGAAAGAUAAACCGUCCCCGUUUGAGGAGGACAAGAGCCGGGAGUUAACACAAGUGGAGGGGGAUGAUAUUUCGAAAGCCAACGGCCGCGGGCUACCUAACGGGAUGGAUGGGGACUGCAAAGAUUUCAACCGUACCCCUGGCAGUCGCCAGGCCUCCCCCACAGAGGUAGCGGAGCGGAUGGGUCCCACUCAGACUGGCCCAGAGAUGAUGGGUCAGCACCAGCACCAGCACCCAAACCAGGCCAUUAGCAAGGCCCCCUCGGAGGAAUUCCAGAACCAGGAGGCCCAGAACAUGGACAAUAUGGAGCAGGUCGGACUGGACUCGCUCCAGUUCGACUAUGCAGGAAACCAGGUGCAAAUGGACUCCUCUGGAGCUGCUGUGGGACUGUUUGACUACAACUCUCAGCAGCAGCUGUUUCAGCGGCCCAACCACCUGACAGUCCAGCCCCUCACUGCCGCUCAGCAGCAGUAUGCUCUGGCAGCCGCCCAGCAGCAGCACAUAGGCCUUGCUCCAGCCGCCUUCAUGCCAAACCCCUACAUCAUCAGCACCGCCCCUCCGGGCACCGACCCCUACACCGCCGCGGGCCUGGCAGCCGCCGCCACACUCGCAGGUCCAGCAGUGGUACCGCCGCAAUACUACGGGGUCCCCUGGGGAGUCUACCCAGCCAACCUCUUCCAGCAGCAGGCCGCAGCUGCGGCUGCCAACAGCUCAGCCAAUCAGCAGGCAGCCAGCCAGGGCCAGGGUCAGCAACAGGUGAUGCGUGCGGGGACCAACCAGCGCCCCCUCACCCCCGGGCAGAGCCAGCAGAACCAGCAGGAGUCUCUGGCUGCCGCCGCGGCUGCCAACCCCGCGCUGGCCUUCGGUCAGGGGCUGGCCACAGGCAUGCAAGGCUACCAGGUGCUAGCCCCAGCAGCCUACUACGACCAGACCGGUGCCUUAGUGAUGGGUCCGGGGGCCCGUACGGGGCUGAGUGGGCCUGUCCGACUGGUACAGACGCCAGUGCUGAUUAACCCAGCCGCAGCACAGGCAGCGGCUGCGGCCUCGGCGACAGGUUCCGGCAACAACCUGGCUGGGGCGGCCAACGGGCUCUUCCGUCCAAUCAGCUCCCAGCAGCAGCAGCAGCAGCAACAGCAGCAGCAGCAACAGCAACAAGCCCCCCACCCCAGCAGCACCAUGCAGUCCAGCUCCUUCUACGGCUCGGGCGCCAUGCCGCCCAGCUCCCAGAGCAGCUCCCUCUUCUCCCACGGCCCCGCCCCCCAGCCUGCCAACUCCUCCCUGGGGUUCGGCAGCACCAGCUCCCUCGGGGCUGCCAUCGGCUCCGCCCUGGGAGUGUUUGGCUCCUCAGUGGCCAGCUCUGCCAGUAACAGUGCCUCCCGGAGGGACUCGCUGUCAGCAGGGUCAGACCUGUACAAGCGCAGCGGGAACAGCCUGACGCCCAUCGGGCAGCCCUUCUACAACAGCCUGGGCUUCUCCUCUUCGCCCAGCCCCAUCGGCAUGCCGCUGCCCAGCCAGACUCCCGGCCACUCCCUCACCCCGCCCCCGUCGCUCUCCUCCCACGGCUCCUCCUCCAGCCUCCACCUGGGGGGCCUGACGAACGGGAGCGGGCGCUACAUUUCGGCAGCCCCGGGGGCGGAGGCCAAGUACCGCAGCGCAGGCAGCGCCUCCAGCCUCUUCAGCUCCAGCAGCCAGCUGUUCCCGCCGUCCCGCCUCCGCUACAGCCGCUCCGACAUCAUGCCCUCCGGCCGCAGCCGGCUGCUCGAGGACUUCCGCAACAACCGCUUCCCCAAUCUGCAGCUGCGUGACCUGGUGGGCCACAUUGUGGAGUUCUCCCAGGACCAGCACGGAUCCAGAUUCAUCCAGCAGAAGCUGGAGCGAGCCACGCCUGCAGAGAGGCAGAUGGUCUUCAGCGAGAUCCUGCAGGCAGCCUACCAGCUUAUGACGGAUGUGUUUGGGAACUACGUCAUCCAGAAGUUCUUUGAGUUUGGGAGCAUGGAUCAGAAGCUGGCGCUUGCCACCCGGAUUCGAGGCCACGUCCUGCCCCUGGCCCUGCAGAUGUACGGCUGCCGAGUAAUCCAGAAAGCCCUGGAGUCCAUAUCCUCCGACCAGCAGAGUGACAUGGUGCGGGAGCUGGACGGCCACGUGCUGAAGUGUGUGAAGGACCAGAACGGGAACCACGUGGUGCAGAAGUGCAUCGAGUGCGUCCAGCCGCAGGCCCUGCAGUUCAUCAUCGAUGCCUUCAAGGGCCAGGUGUUUGUGCUGUCGACCCACCCGUAUGGCUGCAGGGUGAUCCAGCGCAUUCUGGAGCACUGCACCCAGGAGCAGACACUGCCCAUUCUGGAGGAGCUCCACCAACACACAGAGCAGCUUGUCCAGGAUCAGUACGGCAACUAUGUCAUCCAACAUGUUCUGGAGCAUGGCCGGCCGGAGGAUAAAAGCAAAAUUGUGGCGGAGAUCAGAGGGAAGGUUCUGGCUUUGAGCCAGCACAAGUUUGCAAGCAACGUGGUGGAGAAGUGCGUGACGCACUCCUCUCGCGCCGAGCGCGCCCUGCUGAUCGACGAGGUGUGCUGUCAGAACGACGGGCCCCACAGCGCCCUGUACACCAUGAUGAAGGACCAGUACGCCAACUACGUGGUGCAGAAGAUGAUCGACAUGGCCGAGCCUGCACAGCGCAAAAUCAUCAUGCACAAGAUCCGGCCCCACAUUGCGACCCUGCGGAAGUACACCUAUGGGAAGCACAUCCUGGCCAAGCUGGAGAAGUACUACAUGAAGAACAACUCCGACCUGGGUCCCAUCGGUGGGCCCACCAACGGACUGAUGUAGGACCCCCCCACACCCCCAACCCCCCCUCACCC